UUUCUCCACAAAACAAAAAAAGACAAAAUGAGCAACGAUAUUCGCUUUGAUGGAAAGGUCGCCAUCAUCACCGGUGCUGGUGGAGGUCUCGGUAAGGCUUAUGCCCUCUUUUUCUCUUCUCGUGGUGCCUCGGUCAUUAUCAAUGAUCUUGGUACUAUUAAGAAGGAUGAUGGUGAGAGUGUCAAGGCUGCCGAUAUUGUCGUAGCUGAAAUCCAGAAGGCUGGUGGUCAGGCCGUAGCCAACUACAACUCUGUUGAAGACGGUGCCAAGAUUGUCGAAACUGCCAUGAAGGCAUUUGGUCGCAUUGACAUAAUCAUCAACAAUGCCGGAAUUCUUCGUGACAAGACCUUUGCUCGCAUGACUGAUGCUGAUUGGGACAUCAUUCAAGCUGUCCACGUCAAGGGUUCUUAUGCAGUCACACAUGCUGCAUGGCCCAUUAUGAAGAAGCAGAAGUUCGGUCGUAUUAUUAUGACUGCCUCUGCAGCCGGUAUUUACGGUAACUUUGGACAGGCAAACUACAGUGCUGCCAAGCUCGCCCUUGCCAGUUUCAGUAACUCUCUAGCCAAGGAGGGUGCUAAGGAUAAUAUUCAUUGCAACACUAUUGCUCCUAUGGCUGCUUCUCGCAUGACCGAAACAGUCCUUCCCCCAGAUAUUCUUGCUUCUCUCAAGCCCGAGUUUGUCACUCCUGUUGUUGGUUAUCUCUGCCAUGAGAACACCGAAGACAACGGUGGUGUUUACGAAGUUGGAGGUGGUUUCGUUUCCAAGCUGAGAUGGGAGCGUUCUUCUGGUGUUGUCUUUAAGGCUGACGAGACCUUUACCCCUACUGCCGUUGCUGCCAAGUGGGAUGCCAUCAAUGACUUUGACCAGGCUGAAUACCCUACAUCUGUUAUGGACACCGAUUUUAUGGCUCUCCUCGAGCGUGCCAAGGCUGCUGAUGCCAACCCAACCGGUGAACCUUUGUCUUUUGCUGGUCAGGUUGCCGUUGUCACAGGUGCUGGUGGUGGGCUCGGCAAGGCCUAUGCUAUCCUCUUGGGUAAAUUGGGUGCCUCUGUCGUUGUGAACGAUCUUGGUGGUUCUGCUACCGGUCAAGGUUCUGACAGUCGUGCCGCCGAUGUUGUUGUGGAAGAAAUCCGUAAAGCUGGUGGUCAGGCUGUUGCUAACUAUGACUCUGUCGAGGAAGGUGAUAAGGUUGUCGAGACUGCCCUCAAGGCCUUUGGUCGCAUUGAUAUCAUUGUUAACAAUGCUGGUAUCCUCCGCGACAAGUCUUUCGCUCGCAUGACUGAUGCUGACUGGGAUCUUGUUCAUCGUGUCCAUCUCCGUGGUUCCUACAAAGUAAUCAAGGCUGCAUGGCCUCACUUUGUAAAGCAGAGCUAUGGUCGUAUCAUCAACACUGCUUCUGCUGUUGGUCUCUACGGAAACUUUGGUCAGACCAACUACAGUGCUGCAAAGCUCGGCAUUGUCGGCCUCACCAAGACUCUUGCCAUUGAGGGUCAGCGCAAAAACAUUCUUGUCAACGUCAUCGCUCCCAAUGCAGGUACCCGCAUGACCGCAACUGUUAUGCCCCCUGAGAUGGUUGAGGCCUUCAAGCCCGAGUAUGUUGCUCCCCUGGUCGCCUUCCUUGGCCACUCUAGCAACGAAGAGACUGGUGGUAUCUUUGAGGUCGGAAGUGGUUGGGUCGCCAAGGUCCGCUGGCAGCGCAGUGGUGGUGUUGGAUUCCCCGCCAACCGCACCCUUGAACCUGAGCAAGUUGCCCAGGCAUGGGAUAAGAUUACCAACUUUGAUGACGGUCGUGCCACCAACCCCAACUCUACCCAGGAUUCCUUCCAAGGAUUCAUGGAGAACUUUGGAAACAUCGAAGAAGGCGGUCUUGAUAUUGCUGCUGUCAAGAAGGAGCGUUUCGAAGUGUUUACCUUUGACUAUUCUGAACGUGAAGCUAUUCUUUACGCCCUUGGUGUAGGUUGCAAACGCACCGACCUCAAGUACAUCUACGAAAAUGACGAAGAAUUCUCUGUUCUUCCAACUUUCGGCGUUAUUCCUUCCUUUGUUGCCAUGAACUCGGUUCCCUUUGGAGACUUCCUUCCCGACUUCAACCCCAUGAUGUUGUUGCACGGUGAGCAGUUCUUGUCUCUCAAGAAGCCCAUUCCUACAAGCGGAACCCUCAAGUCCCAAGCUCGUAUUGUCGAUAUCCUCGAUAAGGGCAAGGGUGCUGCUGUCACUGUUGGCGUCACCACUACCGACGAAUCCGGCGAGGUUUUGUUCGAAAACGAGUUUACUCUCUUCGUUCGUGGUAGCGGAGGCUUUGGUGGACCCAAGAAGGGAGAAGACCGUGGUGCUGCCACUGCAUCAAACAUCCCUCCUAACCGCAAACCCGAUGCUGUUGUCACCGAGAAGACCACCGAGGACCAGGCCGCACUCUACCGUCUCAGCGGUGACUACAACCCUCUCCAUAUUGACCCCUCAAUGUCUGCAAUUGGUGGAUUUGAUGUACCAAUUCUCCAUGGCUUGUGCUCGUUCGGUAUCUCUGGAAAGCACGUCCUCAAGACCUUUGGAAACAACAGCCCAGAAAACUUUGUUAACAUCAAAGCACGCUUCGCCAAACACGUCUUCCCAGGAGAGACCCUGGAAACUCAGAUGUGGAAGGAGAACAACAAAAUCAUCUUCCAGACCCGUGUGGUUGAGCGUGACGUGAUUGCUAUCUCCAAUGCUGCUGUUGAGCUUAAAGACACUGCCCGCGAGAGCAAGUUGUAAAUUUAAUUACUUUUUCUUUUUAAUCCAUUUUACCCAUUCCUCCUCCUACAUUCACCUUCACUUUUAUCUUUACCUUUACCUUUACCUUUAGCUUCAGCUAUCUAUCACUAGCAACAAAUCAAAAUAAAAUUAAAUACAAAUGUGUAUUUUAUUGUAAA